UCUCUCUGCGCUGCUCACACUUUUUCUCAUAACAAGAAUAAGGCUGAACCCUACAUGAUAACAAAAUUAAAUCAGGUAGAGCAGCCCAAAACCAAAUCAAAAUAUUUGAAAAGAAACACAAGGAUAUUAAAUUAAUUUCUAUGUUGAAACUUGUUGUCCAAGCAUGAAUACGAAAUCAAAAUAUUUGGAAACAAAUGCAAGGACAUUAAAUUAAUCAAUAUUCAAACUUGUUAUCCAAGCAUGAAUUUCCUUUUAUAUUGACUUUGGCCUAGCAACAGACUUUGCAUCUUGAGCUCAAACAAAACAAAGCAAUGGCAGAAGUGAAGCUACACGGAUUCUGGUCUAGUCCCUUUAGUCAGAGAGUGAUUUGGGCAUUGAAAAUCAAAGGUAUAGACUAUGAAUACAUAGAGGAAGACCUUUCUAACAAGAGUGAACUGCUGUUGAAGUACAAUCCUGUUUACAAGAAGAUCCCCGUCCUUGUCCAUGGCGGCAACCCAAUUGCCGAGUCCCUCAUCAUCCUUGAAUACAUCGAAGAAACCUGGCCUGAACAUCCAUUGCUGCCAACUGAUCCUUAUGAGAAAGCCAUGGCUCGGUUUUGGAUUCAAUUUAUAGUAGACAAGGGUUCGAUUUUUCAUGCAUUUUUUCGAUCAACCGGUAGAGUGGAUCAAGAGAAAGCAGCAAAAGAUUUUUUCGAAGUGCUGAAAAUCAUAGAAGAGCAAGCUCUUGGGGACAAGAAGUUUUUUGGUGGUGAUACCAUUAAUUUAGUGGACAUCUCCUAUGGGUUGCUGGCCUAUUGGUUCAAGAAUGCUGAAGAAGUAAUUGGCAUCAAGAUGCUGGAACCAAGCGCCUUGCCCCGUCUAUCUCAAUGGGUUCAAAAUUUCCUGGAAGUUCCUGUCAUCAAAGAAACCAUCCCUGAUCGUGACAAAUUGUUGGCCUAUAUGAGGCGCAUUAGGGAGAAGAUUGUAGCUGAACAGCUUAACAAUUAGCAUCGAAAAGCUUCAUAUAAUAGCUAGCCUUCCUGGA